UCAAAAUUCAAAUUUAGUAACGUACUUUGAAAAUUAAAAGUACCUAAUUCAGUAAAUAUUUUUUUAAAAGCGAUUGAAAUAAUAAAAGCAAUGAAAAGAUGAAUCCCCAAACCGAUAUUACUGAUGAAGAGUUUAUUUCGUUCCUUAAUGGACUUGGUGUAGAUACCUACAAGAAGUCUUUUGAGUGGAUGUUGAAUGAUUCAGAUUUCUCUGGUGUUUUGCGUUGGAUUUAUCAAAGUAUAGACGAGAACAAUGCUUUAAGUGCUAGGGAAGAGUAUAGGUAUGCGGAAAUAGAGAAAAAAGGAAAAGUGCUAUCACAAGAAGCUUUGGAAGAUAAUAUAGCGGCCCUGAAGCAAGAAUACCCUGGUAUUUGUUUACCUGGUGACAAAAAAUACAUUGAGGAUGUGAAAUUUAAUAUCAAAUCUCAAAAUGCAAAGUUGUGUAUGUUAAAAAAACAUGAAGACUCACUGAAGGACCUAAUAAAACAAAAUGAGCUAGUAAAUAAAGAACUGAACAUUGAAGUCACCAAACUCAAUGCCGCACUACAACAAAGCAAUGAAGAGCAGAGUUCUGCCAAAGACGAGUGUGUGAUGUUAGCAGAAGACGUAGAAACAAUGACUAAUGAUAUCACAAAUGAAGUAGCCGGAAUUCUCAGUAUGUAUGAGAGGUGUCGAAGCGAUAAGGAAAUAUCUAAAAAGUUCUUUGCAUUUGGUCCAUUUGAUCAAUACCGUCAAACUCGGGAUGUAUUCAAGUCGCAUUUUGACUUGUAUUCAUCGAAGAUGUUCUACAAAACUCAGUGUGAAGAUGUGUCGCAUGGGUACCUCCAAACGGCUGUUAUGAAGGCACAGGAUGUUGAGAAAAGACUUUCAGAAACAAUAGAAGCCUACAUAGACACAAAAGUGAAUCUAAGUGGAGAGGAAGCUAAGCUGGAUCUUAUAAAAAACUUCACUGGUAUUCAUCCUAGUCAAAUUGGAGUUGCAACAUUGGAAGCUAACAGUAUGUUAGAUCUGUUAAAGUGCAAGAACAAUCUUCUAGAAGAUGAAGUCUUGAAGACGGCUGUGAAAGACUUUGUGGAGGGCAGGACAAGAUAUACAUUGGAUGUCACAACUAAAGCUGCCUUGUCAGUUAGAGAGGAAGUAUGCCGCGACCUAUCCUUCCUCGCGUCUAUAUCGCGCGGCGCGUUGUCCAUCGACCGCGUGCUGUACACCGCGCUGCGCCGCGAGCUGAGCGCUGCGCAGGAGGUGGUGCACUUCGCGCAUCAGUUGCGAGACCACGUGGACAGAGAGGCGGCGGCGGUGAGGGGCAGAACGAAAUCAAUGACAUCCAUAUGCCUGGAGCAUCAAACGACACACAAUCUACAAUCCGACCACAUACUGUCGGCGCUGGCUCACAUACUAGGCGGUGCGCCCGACAUGAUAACUCCCGUCAAACUGUAUACCAACCUGCAGAAAGAGAUAGAAGAACUGAGGGACGCGGUGGCGGAGUGUGUGAAGAGUAAGGAGGAUGGUUUGGAUGAGUUCAAGGACCUAGCCACCGCAAUGACAUCACACAUCUACGAUGGCUGCACUCGCCGGCCCAACGCGCACGGCACCGCGCGCACUGCGCACACACUGCGGCACGACAUGCAGCGCGUAGACGCCAGGGUGCUCGACAUCAGCGCCACCUUCAACACCGUCAAGAAUGGUGAUCAGCAAAAUCUAAGGAAACUGUGGCAAUGGUUCCUGACCGAUCCUCGCAGACUCCUAGCCGCUGUCAAAGCUAAGGGGUGAUGUUUAUUUCAAAAUAUACCCGCUUACUAAUAAAAAUAUUUCAUAACGGACAAGUUUUUCGAAGUUGAUGUCUUCGUCUGAUAGGUUGGAAAAGUCAAACAGACAGAUUUUGAAUAUGAUCCGUUGUGUAAAUAUUUUUAUUUGUAAGGUCGUAGUUCGUAGGGUGGUAGGCUUUUUUUUACAUCAUCUCUAAGAAACAGUUUGAAAACUCAUCAAUAUUAUAUCAAUAUACAACACUAGUAUCUUAUUAAAUUAUACCAUGAAAGUUAAUAUGAUUCAUGUAUGUAGAAGUACGUAAUUCUGCUUGCUUCAACACAAUCAAUUUAAUAUGAUUCUGAAUACUGUAAAUUAAAACUGUAUUUAUGCCGUGGUAAAAACUUCUCAAGUUGCAUAUUACCUUAUUGUUUUUUUUGUAAAUAAAUUAUUUUUAUUUCUAUAA